AUGGCCGCCACUGAAUACUCAUCAUCGCCUGGACGGUUCCGCGGAUUUUGUAUCAAAUGCGGUAGUUCUUUGAUAUGGAGGUCGGAAGAUAAGAAAGAUACAUUAGAUCUUUAUGUUGGAACUAUAGACGAACGAUGGUUGAUUGGAGAGAAGGUGAAAGGCUCGGAGAGAAAGACGAAGAACGGGAUCGUUUUCGAGAGGGUAGGAUCUGUUGGAAAGGAACUGUGCACGCCGUCUGAGUUCCAAUUCUAUUAUGAGAAUGCUAUCCCUGGUAUUACUGAUCUGGUCCCUGGUGGACAGAAGUUUCUUGCGGAAAAUGAGCCUGGUGUUGAAGAGCUUUAUAAUUGA